AUGUCUGACGGUCUGGAUAAUGAAGAGAAACCCCCAGCUCCCCCAUUGAGGAUGAAUAGUAACAACCGGGAUUCUUCAGCACUCAACCACAGCUCCAAACCACUUCCCAUGGCCCCUGAAGAGAAGAAUAAGAAAGCCAGGCUUCGCUCUAUCUUCCCAGGAGGAGGGGAUAAAACCAAUAAGAAGAAAGAGAAAGAGCGCCCAGAGAUUUCUCUUCCUUCAGACUUUGAACAUACGAUUCAUGUGGGGUUUGAUGCAGUCACCGGGGAAUUCACUGGAAUUCCUGAGCAAUGGGCACGAUUACUCCAAACCUCCAACAUAACAAAACUGGAACAGAAGAAGAACCCACAAGCUGUUCUAGAUGUUCUCAAAUUCUAUGAUUCCAAAGAAACAGUUAACAACCAGAAAUACAUGAGCUUUACAUCAGGAGAUAAAAGUGCACAUGGAUACAUAGCAGCCCAUCCUUCGAGUACAAAAACAGCAUCAGAGCCUCCUUUGGCUCCUCCUGUGUCUGAAGAAGAAGAUGAAGAAGAGGAAGAAGAAGAAGAUGACAACGAACCGCCACCAGUUAUUGCACCAAGACCGGAGCAUACAAAAUCAAUCUACACUCGUUCCGUGGUGGAAUCCAUUGCUUCACCAGCAGCACCAAAUAAAGAGGUCACACCACCUUCUGCUGAAAAUGCCAAUUCCAGUACUUUGUAUAGAAACACAGAUCGGCAAAGGAAGAAAUCCAAGAUGACAGAUGAGGAGAUCUUAGAGAAGCUACGUGACAUUCUGGGUCCAGGAGAUUAAAAAAAACUACAUUUUCUGCUGAAAAGAGUCAAUAAGGGGGCAUCAGGUACUGUUUAUACAGCACUAGACAUUGCAACAGGACAAGAGGUGGCCAUAAAGCAGAUGAACCUUCAACAGCAGCCCAAAAAGGAAUUAAUUAUUAAUGAAAUUCUAGUCAUGAGGGAAAAUAAAAACCCCAAUAUUGUUAAUUAUUUAGAUAGCUACUUAGUGGGUGAUGAACUAUGGGUAGUCAUGGAAUACUUGGCUGGUGGCUCUUUGACUGAUGUGGUCACAGAGACCUGUAUGGAUGAAGGACAAAUAGCAGCUGUCUGCAGAGAGUGCCUCCAAGCAUUGGAUUUCUUGCACUCAAACCAAGUGAUCCAUAGAGACAUAAAGAGUGACAAUAUUCUCCUCGGGAUGGAUGGCUCUGUAAAAUUGACUGAUUUUGGGUUCUGUGCCCAGAUUACACCUGAGCAAAGUAAACGAAGCACGAUGGUGGGAACUCCCUAUUGGAUGGCACCUGAGGUGGUAACUAGAAAAGCUUAUGGUCCGAAAGUUGAUAUCUGGUCUCUGGGGAUUAUGGCGAUCGAGAUGGUAGAAGGCGAACCCCCUUACCUUAACGAAAAUCCACUCAGGGCAUUAUAUCUGAUAGCCACUAAUGGAACCCCAGAGCUCCAGAAUCCUGAGAGACUGUCAGCUGUAUUCCGUGACUUUUUAAAUCGCUGUCUUGAGAUGGAUGUGGAUAGACGAGGAUCUGCCAAGGAGCUUUUGCAGCAUCCAUUUUUAAAAUUAGCCAAGCCUCUCUCCAGCCUGACUCCUCUGAUUAUCGCAGCAAAGGAAGCAAUUAAGAACAGCAGCCGUUAG